UGAAAUUCUCUUGUGGGAAAUAGCGACUCUUGGAGGAACCCCCUACCCGACAAUCCAUAACGAUUCAUUGGCAACGAUGAUACUACGAGGAUACCGUAUGCACAAGCCAAGCAACUGUGAUGAUGAAACUUACGCCCUGAUGUGUUCGUGUUGGAAGGAGGAUCCUUACAGCAGACCAACCUUUACUGAUCUGGUGUACAUCCUCUCGGACAUGGCAGAUAAAGAAAUCAAACACACUUACAUGGACGUCACCAGGAGCCAUCUUGAAAAUCUUCACGCCAUUCAGCAGGAAUUUGAUUAAAAACUAAAGCUGACAUUCAAAUCACGAAAUCCUUUUGAAAGCAGAA